AUGCAGAAUGAAAGGCUCCCUCUUUUUCUUCAAAGUCGAUUAUAUGCAGAAUAUCGUUUAGCCAAAAUUCUGUCACAAGUAAGGCUGAUUAGACAUGAUAAAACGGCUGUCCCUGAUUUAUAUCUAAGUUUAACCACAUUGCAAGAACCGCCUAAAGUAGCAAUCAGUCCAAUUCCAGAAGAAGCCGAGGAUGAAUCUUCAGAGAAUAUGAUGGAAAAUGUACACAUUUCGUUUGGCGACACUAGCCUGAGUGACAUUGAAUCAUGGCAAAACAGUUUCCACGAACGGAUGUUUUCCCAGAAAAGGGGAUCUGAUAGUGACCUUGCAGAUGUGUCCGAAAGCCCUAAUUCGGAGGCUACGACCAUGUUUUCCUCGCCGAACAUCUCACCUCUUCCAGGGACUCCUCCCUGUAUAUUGUUUGCUGACAUGGACAUCCUAAGACCCGAAAUCGGUCCCCCAGUUUAUGUGGGGCCGUAUUCUAAGCAAGCAGAUGUCCCGGCAGUUCGGAUACUUCCCCCAAAGAGAAACAGGAGCUCUUUGCAUGUGAACAACUUGCAUGAAUUGUCUCAGAUGCUGAUAGCUCUAGUCGUGAAGAACGCUCUUGUUGAAGUAGAAGGGGUCAGUGAAGAAGAAGUGGAGGAGUCUCACAUUUACAAUAAUCUCUUUCCUUUUUAUCGCAAGAAUUCAACUUCUCUCACAAUGGAACUAUUCAAAAAGUUCAUCCACUUUGAUCAGCCAGUUGAUAAAACCGUAGAUCAUAUCGUAUUGACAGAUCUCUUUGGUUACGAAAAACCUGCCAAUAAUGAUUCGUCUAUAGUCCUCAGUGUGGACGAUGAAAAAGAACAACACUUGGAAAAUGAAUAUUUCGAUUCUGGUGACCAAAAUUCUGGAUGUUUCUCCACCGUCGCAAAUAUUGGGGAGUUUCAAUCAUUUCUUAACGAAACAUCCAGUGAAAAGAAUUGGUAUUUGUGGAUAGACUUGGAAAAAUUCCGACUGAGUAAAACAGACGCCGGUAAAGAAACGUGA